UGUUGCAUUGAGGAGAAUGGAGAAUGAGUUGAAUAACAUGGAUUUUUGGAACAGUUGGAAUUGAACCGCUCCGUUUGCCCGGUUGCGCCCGGUGUUUGUCGAAAACUCCUCGAAAAACUGGCUAGUUCAUUAUUAAUAAAGAAUCAAUUGUUGAAAAUGUCAGUGUUGAUACGGUUGGGAGAGAAAAAUGUAGUCUCGGCAAUAUCUAGAAUAUCGAAUGCAUCAGCAGGAUACGCGACAACUCCCCACGAAGACACCAAAGUAGUCGGUGAAUUUCGUGUUCUCGAGCUUAUCCCGAAAAAAAUUGAGAACAAGCAAAUCCAGAAGAGGAAACGGUAUGUGCCACCACCACGAACGAACCAAAUGGCAACUGACCAGGAUUGGCCAUCGGUCUGGCCAGGGCCGCGUACCUUUCAUCCUGCAACAGUCCCUCUGCCGAUUCGACAGGGUUAUCCUAGAAAGAAACAGGCACCGCUUGGUAAAUUCGGCAAUACCGAACUCAUGAAGAUACCAAAUUUUCUGCAUUUGACACCACCUGCUGUCCAGAGGCACUGCGAAGCGCUUAAGCAAUUUUGCACACAGUGGCCUGUUGGUCUGGAAACCGAGGAAAAAUGUCGCAAACACUUUCCCCUUGAAGUAAUAACCAGCGACUAUUGCUAUGCUGGUCCGAGUAUCAGAGAUCCUCUUGCUCGGAUCGUCAGUAUAAGAGUCAAACUAUCGUCUCUGUCACUCGAUUCUCAUGCAAAGGAUAAACUAUUGAGACUGGUCGGCAACCGAUAUAAUUCCACCACGGAUAUAAUUACUAUUACAGCUGACAGAUGUCCUACAAGAAAACAAAAUUUGGAAUACGUCGAGUAUCUUCUCACAGCUGUCUACAACGAAGCUUUGCGAACGGAGCCAUGGGAAGCUGAGAAAACACUUGCAGAUAUGGAGUAUUACGAUUGGGAUAAGCACAAAAGUCGGGAAGCUCUAGUGAGCACGCACUCAUGGCCAGAUCUCCCUCCGAAGGAUUUUGAUUACGAGACGAUACCUCAUGUGACUGAGUACAAAAUCGCUGUAUCCGAUCUUAUUAACAACGGCGAAGACGAUCACUCUUUGAACAAGUAUCGCCUCGCCGUGGAGAAUCUGCUGCAUCUAAGAGCAUCCAAUUGAAAAUAAAACACGGUGGAAAAGAAACUUCCGUGAAACCCGUUACAAUUGCAUUCUCCUGUUUCUAGAAUUGCGCGAAUAGAUUGAAUUACGAAGAACAAGCGGAAGUCGUUCCGUCUGUUUCUGACGAAUGACUGGGAAUAAUUUAUCAGUCUCACAAUUACCAGGUCUGUCCGCCGUGGACGAUGAUCGCGUGUCGUCGUCAUUUCUCUCUCCGUUACGGAUGAGGCACCCAGACCAUUGUAUCAUAUUUUCGUGCGUGGCCAUCACGACGUUUGACGUUGUAACGACCAAUUCGAACGGCUUUGAAACAAUGAGCCAGUAUUUUUCUCCCUUUCGAGUGGAUAUAUAAACACUGAAAAAGUGAUGGAACUCAGUUGUUGUAACUCUGCCUCCAAUUCUAACACUAUCUCGCUAAGAUGAGGCUUUCGCGAAGUUUGAAACUCGAAAUUUAGUGGUGAUUGAUAAUUUAUUCUGCAAGUACUCCAAUAUCGACCAAAUAUAUCGGCGAUAAUUAUUUUUUAAAAAUUGCUCACCCAGAUUGUACGAGUAAUUCUCCAAAAAUACAAAAAACAUUUCAGCAUUGAGAA